GUGGAGUCCUCCACCGACGGCAGAUUCGCCGACGCGGCGGCCGCCGCGCUGAACAACUGCGUCACGUCCUCGAACCUCGCGUUCGGGACCAAGUACGAGGGCAAAGUCCGCGACACGUACGUGCGCGACGAACUCAUGCUCGCGGUGACGACGGACCGGCAGUCCGCGUUCGAUCGCCACCUCGCGUCGAUCCCGUUCAAGGGCGCGGUGCUCAACCAAACCUCCGCGUGGUGGUUCGAUAACACGAAGCACAUCGUCCCGAACGCGUGGCUGUCGUCUCCGGACCCAAACGUGACGAUCAUGAAGAAGUGCGAGGUGUUUCCGAUCGAGUUCGUCGUGCGAGGGUACAUGACCGGCAGCACGUCGACGUCGCUGUGGACGCACUAUAACGCCGGCGGCAGAGACUACUGCGGCAACGCGUUGGCGGACGGCAUGGUGAAGAACCAAAAGCUUCCCGCGAACAUCGUGACGCCGACGACGAAGGAGAAGGAGCACGACCGACCGAUAUCGUUAGAGGACAUCGUGAAGGAGGGAUGGAUGCGGAAGGAGGAUCUGGACUAUUGCGUCGAGAAGACGCUCGCGGUGUUUUCGCACGCGCAGGGCGUCGCGGCGAAUCGCGGGCUGAUACUCGUGGACACGAAGUACGAGUUCGGGAGAGACGCCGACGGCGUGAUCCGUCUGAUCGACGAGAUAAACACCCCGGACUCGUCGCGGUACUGGCUCGCGGACUCGUACGCGGAGAGGCACGCGGCCGGGCGGGAGCCGGCGAUGAUAGACAAGGAGUUUCUGAGGCUGUGGUUUUCGGAACGGUGCGACCCGUAUAAAGACGAGACGAUCCCGGAGGCGCCCGCGGAGCUCGUCGUGGAGCUCUCGCAGCGGUACAUCAAGCUGUACGAGAUGAUCACGGGGGAGACGUUCGUGCCGCCGCCGACGGACGUCGACGUCGGGGAGCGGAUAGCGAAGAACGUGAAGGACGCGCUCGGCGAGAAGUGAAGAACGCGAAUUGCAUUUUUUUGUACGUUUCCCCAGCUAGUGCGGAGUGUAUCAACAGAUUUGAUUUGAUUUA